AUGUGGCAAAUGGAUCGAACAUUGAAUGCGCUUCUGGUGGGAAAUUUGCACUGGUUAAUAGUGGAUGCUUCAUUAGAGACUGCUUAUGGAACCAAUGGUACCAUAGGAGUACCACCGGAGCUAGAGCAGCUCUACAACGAUUGGUUCCGACAACUCGAGCUGGUACCGUACACAAACGUUGUCGUAGGCUUUCGCAAUACUGCUAGACGCUGGGAAUUACGAGAAGUGUUCAAACCGUAUCGAAAGGCAAUGCUGUCGGCAGACCUGAUCAUCUCAAAUUACACACCAUCCGAGAACAACCCGGAACGAUUACGCAAAAGUCUCGCGGUUCGCGAAAUCACCGCUAGUCGGCGUCGUAAUUUGCAAGGAUUCGCCAUGCCAUGCGGCACUGCGACAACCUCGCCAGAGUACUUCAAGGGAAUGGACGACCGAAACGACGUGCACGAUCUCUUCACGAAAGCUAACUUCCCGUUCAUCCGUGAGCUGAUGUUUGAUCUCAAUUUCACGCUCAACAUGGUGCAGGUGGACAAGGUGGGCUACAAACACAACGGCACGUUCAGCGGUGUGAUGGGCAAGUUUCAGAAUCGCUCGAUCGAGCUCGGGUGUCUUGGGACGUUGAUGCGUACUGAGCGCCUCGAGGUGGCGGACUUCAUGAUCGUGACGCUGAUCAUCAAGAGUAGCAUCAUCUUCCGACAGCCACCCUUGUCGAUUGUGGCCAACAUAUUCGAGCUACCGUUCAGUGUCGGUGUAUGGUUGUGCUGUUUCGCACUAGUGACGAUCUACUGGAUCUCGAUGAUCGUGGUUAGGUGGAUGACUGACGAGGAACGAUUCAGUUCGGUAGAAUCACUGGUCUUCAUCAUCGGUACCAUGUGCCAGCGAGGGUACGAACUGGUACCACACUUCAACGGCACCCGUUUGUUGAUGUUCUCACUUCAACUGACCAGCUUCUUCAUCAUCACGUCCUAUUCGGCCAGCAUCGUGGCAUUGCUCCAGAGCCCCAGCAGAGUCAUCGCGAGCGUAGGUGAUCUCGUGAGUUCUCCGCUUAAAGCAGGUGUCAUGGACACAAGCUACGGUCGAGUAUAUUAUCAAGAGACGCAGGAUCCGGACGUACAAGCACUAUACCGGAGAAAGAUCAAACCACACGGUGACAACUCCUUUAUUGAGCCGGCGGAAGGAAUUGCUCGCGUAAAGAACGAAAUGUACGCGUUUGAGGUAGAAGUGAACGCCGCCUACAAGGAGAUAAAGAACACGUUUGAACCGGAUGAGGUGUGCAAAUUGCACGAACUCGAAGCCAUCAAACUUCCCCCGUUCGGUAUUCCGAUUGUGAAGGGCAGCAAGUACCGGGAGCUGAUUCGACAACGGCUGCUGUGGCAGCGGGAGGUCGGCAUAAUCAAGCGGUUCAACAUCAUUUGGAUUCACCAGAAGCCACAGUGUGAAAACCCAAACUCCGGCUACAGCUCGGUCGGGUUGGUGGAGAUGCGCUAUCUGUACUUCUUUCUCGCUGUGGGGUUCCUGGCCGCGCUCCUGACGCUCAUUGGCGAGCGUUCCUGGUGGAAGGAGUUGGCGAAAAAGGCAGAAUUGCGUGGUAAAAUAAUCAGCGGCGAAAAGAAGCUUAAGAGAUAA